UUCUGUCGCAGCAGCAGCCACCGCCUCCGCCCGCUGGAGCCGCGCUCUCUCCGCCGCUGACCGUCCUUCCCUCCUACGGUCCCCGAGAAAGUCGCGCUCGCUUGCUCAGCGGGGUGGGCAGGGAAUGCCCGAGCGGCUCUGGGCGGCUGCUACCGCCGGGGUCCUUGGCCGGCAGCUUGACCAUGAACCCUCAGUGCGCCCGCUGUGGCAAAGUCGUCUAUCCGACCGAGAAAGUCAACUGCCUGGAUAAGUACUGGCACAAAGGAUGUUUCCAUUGCGAAGUCUGCAAAAUGGCUCUGAACAUGAACAACUACAAAGGGUAUGAGAAGAAACCGUAUUGCAAUGCGCAUUACCCAAAGCAGUCCUUUACUACCGUGGCGGACACGCCUGAAAACCUUCGACUGAAACAACAAAGUGAAUUGCAAAGUCAGGUCAAAUACAAACGAGACUUUGAAGAAAGCAAGGGAAGAGGCUUCAGCAUUGUAACUGACACACCAGAACUGCAAAGACUGAAAAGGACGCAGGAGCAAAUCAGUAAUAUCAAAUACCAUGAAGAUUUUGAGAAGACAAAAGGCAGAGGUUUCACACCAGUAGUUGAUGAUCCUGUGACUGAACGGGUGAGAAGAAAUACCCAGGUGGUUAGUGAUGCUGCAUAUAAAGGGGUUCACCCACAUAUAGUUGAAAUGGACAGAAGACCUGGAAUCAUUGUGGCACCUGUGCUUCCUGGGGCAUAUCAACAAACUCAGCCUCAAGGAUAUGGUUACAUGCACCAGACUAGCAUGUCAUCUAUGAGGUCAAUGCAUUCACAGCCACAUUCAGCUACCUUGAGAACAUACAGGGCUAUGUAUGACUACAGUGCCCAAGAUGAAGAUGAAGUUUCCUUCAGGGAUGGUGACUACAUCAUCAACGUACAACCAAUUGAUGACGGUUGGAUGUAUGGUACUGUUCAGAGAACUGGAAAAACUGGAAUGCUUCCGGCAAAUUACAUUGAGUUUGUUAAUUAAUACCAUUAGUCCUCCUGAGCUUUUAUUCUGAUUUGCUUACUCUUUACAAAAGUACUUUUAAAACUACACCUUCAUUACUUCCCUGUUAAUGUAACCAUCUAUGCUCAUAUGCUGAAGUCAACAGGUCCUCUAAGAAAUCGAAGAAGCACUGAGCUCCCAAAGUAUGCUGCUUAAAUUUAUCUAUAAAAACAGACUGUCAGUGGAAACCUGGUGCUUUUAAUCACGUCGAGGUUUCUAUCAAUUAGCUCCCCGAUAUAGUUCUGCCUUUACUGUAGGCCGUAGUUAGCUUUUAAGUUAUAAUCAUAAGCAGCUGUUAUAUUUUUCAUUUGCGUGACUUUGAAAUUGUAAGAGACCAUAGUUUUGCUGUUAAGGUUCAAGCCAUUAAAAGCCCAAGUGAAUUGAACAUUCAUAUAUUUUUGUCGUGAUGAAUGCUGUGCUCAACAGUUGCUUACUACUGCCAGGCAGCCUUAAAACAAUUUGUAUCUUACUUUUAAUGGUGAAGGUUUCCCAACACAUAGUCGUCUAGUCUACUGUAUACUUCUCUGAAACUUUCAUUUGCUCUCAUUUGUUCUCCCAACACUUGUCA